CAGCCGUCCCAGGCCAGGCCUCCAGCGGCCUCCAAACACACUAAACCCCAGCACGCGCUCUGUACGACAGUACAGGAAGUCUCCAGAGCCUCCUCCACAUGCUGCGUAACCCUGCAGGCCGUUGCAGCUGUCGCUUCUUCUGGGAAGCCUCCUCUGACCUUCCUCUGGAUGUCCGGCAAGGUGGCCAUUGGCAGUGACAUCGGGCAGGCCCGCCGGGCCGUGGAGCAGCUGCGGAUGGAGGCAGGCAUCGAGCGCGUGAAGGUGAGGGCCAGGGUGGUGGCCGGGCGUGUCUGGGCGAGGGGGCAGGCGGGCAGCCGGGGCCUGGCUGACCAGGCUGGCCGGCAGGUAUCCAAGGCGGCUUCUGACCUGCUGCAGUUCUGCAUGGAGCAGGCCAAGAGCGACCCCUUCCUCGUGGGCAUCCCCGCUGCCACCAACCCCUUCAAGGAGAAGAAGCCCUGCACCAUCCUGUGACCUCCAUGGCUCCGACCACCCGGGAGGCCGCAAUAAACAUGAAGUGAGGGAUUCCC